CUUCCACUGCCAACGGGCAACAUUUGGCGCUUGAGAGGCUCAAAUCUUGCUUCGUCUCUUUCACCGAUUCAGGCUCAUCAGUUGUCGCUGUAAGAUCCCUCAUCGUACCGCUCAAAUCUGAAGCUCAUGUAUAAUUUCCAACGCUUCAAAUCCACUCUGUGCCUGAGCGGUACUGUUAGAAAAUCACCAACCUCACGAUGUUUUCGUCUUUCGCAACACUACCCAUUGCCGGCCUUCUCUCUCGGAUUCGGCACAAUUGCUUCUCCAGGUGACCACUCGUUUACUGUAUCAUACCUCGUUAACAAUUUAGGGUUUUCCCAAGAAGCUGCUUUAAAUGCUUCCAAGAGAGUUCGAUUUGACACCUCACAAAAGCCAGAUGCAGUUGUCAGCUUCUUUGAAAGCCAAGGUUUCUCCAAGUCUAUGAUGAAAGAUGUCCUUAGAAAGAAUCGGUGGCUUCUUAAUUGCGAUCCCCAAAACAGGAUUCUGCCCAAGUUUGAGUUUUUCCUCUCAAAAGGUGCUUCUGCCUCCGACAUUGUCCUCAUGGUGCAAAGGAAUGCGAGAUUCCUGGAGAGAAGCUUGACUAAUCACAUAAUCCCAUCAUAUGAAUUGCUAAAAGAGUUCCUUCAAGAUGACAAAACCACCAUUGACUGUAUAAAACGCUACUCGGCUGUGCUCCAUGGUUCUCGAGUGAUGCAUAGUAUCAAUAUGUUGCUUAAGAAGGGGGUGUCAGGGGCGAACAUUGCUAUCAUACUACGUGAAACGCCUCGUGUGCUAAACUUUACAAAUGAACUUGAAAGAGCGGUGGAAGAACUUAAGAGUUUGGGAUUUAAUCCUUCCGCCACAACAUUCGGCGCAGGAUUGACGGCCAAAGUGGGUUUAAGCAAAUCCAAAUGGGAAGCCAAGGUUGAAGUCUAUAAGAGGUGGGGAUGGUCAGAAGAAGCGGUGUUGAAAGCAUUUAGGACGGAUCCGCGCUGUAUGUUAGCAGGCAAGGAUAAGAUUAAUGCGGUGAUGAGUUUUUGGGUUAACCAGUUGGGCUGGAAUUCUUUGCUCCUUCUCAAAAGACCAACAUUCAUUGGGUUUAGCUUGAAGAAAAGGAUUAUUCCUAGGGCUUCUGUUCUACAGUUUCUUUACUCAAAAGGUUUGGUGAAGAAGAAUGCAAGCGUAGUCAGGCCAUUUGUUCUUCCUGAAAAGCAGUUCCUGGAAAGAUAUGUGAAAUGUUUUAAGGAGCACGAUCAUAAGUUAAUAAAGCUAUAUGAAGAAAAUAUGAAGGAUGCUGACAUGUCAUGCUCAUGAAAGUUUUAAUCUCAAUUCUUCCUGCUAGUCUGCCUCAUUCUGUGCCUCCUCAUUAAAGUACUUGUUUUCCCAUGUUUAAAUUUGGAAAUUUAGUGAACUGCCUCAUUUCCUAACUUGGACGUCUUUUGUUGGUUUUAUCGUCAGUACUAGCUAGCCCCGGUUCUGAUGUAUAUCAAUAUUUAGAAUAUCUCAUGCUUUACCAAUGGUUGAAGGAGGCAUAGAAAGGUGUUUUGGUUGCAAAGUACUGUUGUUUUAAUUUAUUUAUAUUUUUAACUCGUGUUAUUUGAAUUCUUGAGUCA